GCUUUCAUGCGUUACUUUCUGUGUGUGUUUCUUUUUCAUACCUGCAGAGUCAGAGCUCUGACUCAGCUGUAAUAAUCACAGGAGGAAAAACCGCCGCACGCAGAUCCGCUUGGACAUUUCUGUCAUUAGGGUACGCGGGCUGUUUCUCUCCAGAAGAUGUUGGUUUCGCUUCAUUUGUUGUCUUAAUGACGAGCACAGGACUCCCAUUUAGCUGUUUUUUGUAACUUCCUGCGCGGGUGUAAAAUCAAACGCACCCUCCUCUGAGAGCACGAAGCAGAACAAAAAGUCUCAACUUUGACGGCGCAAAAACGCGAGACAGAUAGAUGAGUGAAACACCCUUCAUCUGAUGAUCAUGGACGCCUCAGAUGACAACGACUACUACUACUACCAUGAAAACAUCAGCUUCAACUUCAGCUACGACGACUACCCCGCCCUCUGCGAGAAGGGUGACGUCAGGUCCUUUGCAGCCCUCUUCCUCCCCAUCGUGUACACUGUGUGUCUGGUAGUGGGCCUGGCAGGAAACGGCUUGGUCGUGGCGGUCUACGCCUACCACAAACGCCUCAAGACCAUGACAGACACCUUCCUGACCCACCUGGCUGUGGCCGACCUGCUGCUGCUCUUCACGCUGCCUUUCUGGGCUGCUGAUGCAGCGAGGGGCUGGGAGCUGGGGGAGGCCGUUUGUAAGAUGGUGUCAGCGUGCUACACGAUCAACUUCACCUGCUGCAUGAUGCUGCUGGCGUGCAUCAGUCUGGACCGUCACUUGGCGUUAGCCAGGGCGCAGGGUAAAGACCAAAGAGGGUGUUUGCAGAGGAUUUUCAGUCGGAGACACUGCUGGAAGGUGUGUUUAGGUGUUUGGGCGGCUGCUUUUGUCCUUGGUUUCCCUGAUUUAAUACUGUCAGAGGUGAGAUUUGCGUCUAAUAGGAAUGUCUGUCUGGCUAUCUACCCUCCGUCGAUGGCUGGAGGAGGGAAAGCUGCUCUGGAGAUCGUGGAGGUCCUGCCAGGUUUCCUGCUCCCGCUCCUGGUUAUGGUGGUCUGUUACUGGAGCAUUGGCCGAGCACUAAAAGGGCUACCAGUGGAGAGCAGAGGCAAGAAGUGGAAAGCUUUACGCGUCCUCCUAACAGUCGUAGGCGUGUUUGUCGCCACUCAGCUGCCUUACAACAUACUGAAGGUCUACCGAGCGAUGGACUCAGUCUACGCCUUAGUGACCCACUGUGGGACGAGCAAAGUGUUGGAUCAGGCGGCUCAGGUGACCGAGAGCUUGGCCCUCAUUCACUGCUGCCUCAACCCCAUCCUCUACGCCUUCGUCGGCUCGUCGUUCAGGCAGCACAUGAUGAAAGUGGCCAAGAAGUUUGGCGAGAGGAGAAGAAAGAGGAGGAAGAGGAGGGAAAAUCCUGCAGAGGGGGAAGAGAUGGAGAUGUCAUUUAACACCCACAGUGCAUCCCCAGAGACAGACACAUUCUCAGUAUGAAUCAGCAGUGGUGCGUUAUGCUACGUAUUUAGUAUAACAGAGAAGCAGAUACAACAGCAGUAGAAGUACACAUGUAAAUCAUCAAGAUGUACAAAAACUCCACUGACAUUUUAUCAUUAUUCCCUCCACACUGUAAACAGGAGGUUGUCGGUUGCGUUUUCCUCGUCCGGUUAGUUAAAGAUGGCUUUAAGCAAAGUAUUCUUGUUUACUUAUCAAGACCAAAGAAUAGUUCUAUUUUUUCUGUUGUUCAUGAUGAAUGAAAAAGGGUGUUACAUGUUACAUCACUUAAGUAACAAACGUACAUAUUUAAAGCCAAACCAUGAUGUUUUUUCCCAAGCCUUACAACUGAAAUGCACGAGGCACAGCCACCACACGUCACGUAGGCAGAGCAGGUUUUUUACCUGCCACACAGACUCUGUUUGCAGCUUUAGGUUGCUGCCAACUUCAAUGUGUGUGUACUGAGUAUUUCAAAGAUACAAUGCAGUUGGUUGUGAAGCAUUUGGAAGUAUUUACUUUUGUUGCCUAACCUGCCUAACAAUUAUGUUUUUAGCUGUAUUUUAAGUUUUCUUGGAAAAGAGUGGGGCUAUAUGAGAUACUAAUGUAUAGUCAUGUAUGUAUUUCAUGCAGUAGCUGGCAGUCGGCGCACUCCCGGCUUGUAGAAACAGAUGUGGCAUACACAGCUCAGCAUUACCAUGCUGUGGAGAGGGGUUGAUAUCAAAACACAUUAACACAUUAUUAAAACACUUUAAAAAGGCCUACCUUAAAAAUACAAUGUCAGUGUAAGUGGACGCAGUAGUGAGAGUAUUUUCAACAUGAUGUUGUUUCAGUAGGAUCCUGUAACAGCUGCUAACAGUACUUUCUGACCUGAACAGCUGACCAUCUGCAAAGGAAAAGUUUGUGUGACGUCGAGGUAAAACAGUGAGAAUACUCUAAAUACAGCAUCCACUAAGGCUGAUACUGAUAUUUAUAGGUAGGCCUUUUUUUAAAGUGAGUAAAAUGCGUUUUGAUAUCGACCCCUGUGGGAUGUACACUCUGUCUGUGUCUGCAAACAGGAAACGCUCGGGCACUGAACAGGUACCUGGACUGUCGUAUCUGAGGGUAACUGACUGUCUGCAUUUGACGACCUGGGAGUGAGAUUACGUUGUGAAAACAGUAUUUCAUUUCACCUGUGUAGUUGGCAUGACUAUUAACUAUGUAAACAUUGACUUAAACUUGUUAUACGGAAAGUUUUGUACAAUCAAAAACACUGUUUACAGAAUAGUUUACAAGCUUAAAUGUGUGGGACUGCCUCAGAUCUAUGGGACAGUCCUUCAAGAUUUCAAAAAAAUAUUGAACCCUUUUCCAGCUGCCCACACAGUACAAAGCACAGAUCAGAUGAAUACUUGAGACUGUUCAUUACACACUAUAGGGCCACAAAUUAAAAAGAAAAAGAAAAAACAAGAAGAAAAAUGAGAUCUAUUUGUGAAACUAAUUAGACAGGAACAACUUUCUAAUUGCAACUUGUUUGAAAUAAUGUUUGUUUUAACUGUAAUCAUCUUAAAUAAAUACUCCUGAUGUAGUCACAUGCUUGCACCCCUGAUAUGACGUGAUGAAGCAUGACUUUGGAUCUUUAAUAUUGUUCCAGUUGAACUAUGUACCUUUUAAUCAUGUAGUUUUUUUUCAGCUCAAGGUGAAUUCCUAAAAAAUGACAGAUAACAUGUAUCAGCUGGGUUGAUCUGGUGGUGUUACUUGCAGAGACUUCUGCCAAAUCUCCACUGAGUGGGAUUAAACUCCUUUUUAUGUGGAAAACCGCAGCUUUAAUAGUUUCCUGAAUUCCCGCGAACAUCUGAGGCACAUUUACUGCACAUGAACUUCAUAGUUUAUCUUUGUGGCCAUGUCUGCACAACACUGACAAACAACCUGCAGUAACAUUUUUUUAUGACGUGCUGAUCAUUUUUCUUUGGAUAGUUGCAAAUCUUAUUUCUUAAUUACCAAUGUUUUUCUCAGACUGAUUUUACCCGCGAGAGGACUUUCUGAAAUCCAAACCUUUAGUUGUGCACUUGUGGAAAGUCCAGUAUUAACAAACUCUGUACUUAUUUAGAUAAACACAAGUCGGCAUUAUUUUUGCUUCAGAGGUUACAGAAAAAAAAAUAUUGUCUCAGUUGUAAAUGAGACAUGAACACAGCGCUACAUAGUUUAAAUAUUUUGCAUGUUAUUGUUAAUCUUAGACUCAAUGCAUGCUGCGGUUUGUCACAUCAUCAAUCUCUCCGAAAAAAAAAAGUAACACAUUGACCUUAAGAAUUUAAAGUUCCCCACAGAUAAGAUUAGACAAAAAAAGAUCAUUUGGAUUUUUUUUAGUUGUCUUCCUGUAACCCAGCUGGAACAAAUAAGCUGAUGCUUCAGGUCAUGCUCUGGCACACGUGCAGUCACAUGUGGAAACCAUUCAACAGAGGUUUGCCAUCUGUUAACUGAGCAAAACAUUUCACUCAGCCAAAAAAAAAAAAACUAUUACAGAAUGGGUGGUUAACAAAGUCUUUUGUAUGGUUUAAGACAACUUUAACAACUUUCAGACAAGUUUUACAAAACAAGUCAAAUAAACUACAUGUUAAAAUGA